GGUAAAUUGGUCAACAAACACUGAAGGAACUGGACUCUCUCGUAAAAUGAUAUGACUUUAAAAAGUUAAUAUCUUUUAUUUUUUCAUCGUUAUAAAGACAUAAACAAUUCGCUCAUAUUUGAAAUAAUUUAUAAGCCUUCGUCCCCUUUGUCAUUGGAUCAUUGUGUUGAUCCCGACAUUCCCGACAGCACCUGAAGGCGACACAUGACCGAGAGAGAGAGAGAGAGAGAGAGAGAGAGAGAGAGAGAGAGAGAGAGAGAGAGAGAGAGAGAGAGAGAGAGAGAGAGACUAAACAGGUGGUCAGAAAACACACAGAAAACAAUGUCGUCCGGCGGGGAGAAGCGGAAAGACCUCUAGUCCUCGCCGCCUCCGUGAAGGAAUACCGGGGCAGCCGCGGAGCCGAACAAACACAAACCCAUGCUCCUUUUCUAUCUCCACACGGAUUUCUCCUCCUCCGCUCCAGAUACUCCGAAUCUGGACAAGAUCCCGGAUACUAAACCAUGAAAGUCACGGUGUGUUUUGGCAGGACCCGGGUGGUGGUACCGUGCGGGGAUGGAAAUAUUAAAGUCCACACACUCAUCCAGCAGGCUGUCAUGAGAUAUAAGAAGGCUAUAGCCAAGGAUGCUAGUUACUGGCUGCAGGUCCACAGAUUGGAGCACGGCGACGGCGGCAUCCUCGACCUGGACGAUGUGCUCUGUGACGUGGCCGACGACAAAGACAGGUUGAUAGCAGUGUAUGAUGAACAGGAGCCCCAUCAUGGAGGUGACGGCACCAGCGCCAGUUCCACGGGCACCCAGAGCCCCGACCUGUUCGCCGCAGACCUCAGCGCUGGCAGCGGAGCCUCAGCCUUCCAACCCUAUCAGACGGCCAGCGAGAUCGAGGUCACGCCUUCUGCCCUGCGCACCAAUAUGCCCCUCCACGUCCGGCGCAGCAGUGACCCCGCCUUGCUUACCAUCAACGGACCGUUUAGCGGCGGUGAAUCACGGGUCCAAACGGAAGAACCGCCAUCAAGGAAGAACCCAACCCGUUGGUCCACCACCGCUGGCUUCCUGAAAGCUCGCCACUCCUCUGGCACCAACAGCCUGGAGAGGAAGGGUAAAAGUACAGAUACAUACCGCAGUCUGCCACGGGAUGCUGGGACGUGGGCCAACCAGAGAGAGUUUCAGAGAGAGACGGCACGGUCAUCACUCAGCGCCAAUCACCCUAUGGUGGACCGCUGGCUGGAGAGACAAGAACAGGAGGAAGAAGCCAGAGAAGAAGAAAACGGGAGGAUUGAGCCGGUUGGUCGAGCUGACUCCUGCAUGGACCACACCCCCGUGAGGUCACUAGAUUUAAUAUGCAGAGACAUAGUCAAACUGGUGGAGGUGUCAAACGACGGUGGGCCCCUGGGAAUCCACGUGGUGCCUUUCAGUGGCAGGGACCGCAGGACUCUUGGCUUGUUGGUCAAGCGUCUGGAGCGGGGAGGCAAGGCCCAGCAGCAGGGCCUUUUCCAGGAGAAUGACUGUAUCGUCCGUAUCAAUAACGGAGACCUGCGGAACAUCCGCUUUGAACAAGCCCAGAACAUGUUCCGUCAGGCCAUGCGCUCUCCGGUCAUCAUGUUCCACGUGGUGCCGUCAUCCAUGAAGGCCCACUACGAGACGCUGUCCCACGCCGAGAGGAACCCCGCGUACGCCUCGGGCCGCUUCAGCCCCGAUUCUCUAUCCGGUAGCACCGUCUCCGGCAUGGAUCACACCCCGCAGAGGAUGUCCCGACACGGUUCCCAAAAACACCCACACGCUCAUCCGCACCCUCAUUCCCAUACCCACCCAGACCAGACCGAAGGCUACCCUCCUCUGACUCACCCGGCGGUCUCCGCAGCCAAACCUCCGACGGGUCACACCCACUCGCCUCAGAGAGGGAUAAACUCCACCUCAACGGGAGGAUACACCAAAAAGGUCGGGAGGCGGCUCAACAUCCAGCUGAAAAAAGGACCCGAGGGACUCGGCUUCAGUAUAACGUCACGAGACGUUCCCAUCGGCGGCUCGGCGCCCAUCUACGUGAAGAAUAUUCUGCCCCGGGGAGCUGCUAUCCAAGAUGGCCGCCUGAAGGCAGGGGACAGGUUGCUGGAGGUAAACGGAGUGGACCUGAAUGGGCGGACCCAGGAGGAGGUGGUGUCUCUGCUUAGGGCCACACCCAUGGGUGGGGCCGUGGGGCUGCUGGUCAUGCGCCAGGAGGAAGCUUUCCUCCCCCGAGAAGUGAACGCCGAGCCCCAGAUGCAGUGCCCCAGAGAUUUGCAUUCAAGACAGCCCGUGACAACCGGAAAACCCCAUUGGCUGAUUGAGAAGACAGAAGAAGAUGAGUUAGUCCUGACUCCAGACGGGACCAGGGAGUUUCUGACCUUCGAGAUCCCCCUCAGCGACUCGGGUUCAGCAGGUUUAGGUGUCAGCGUUAAAGGCAACCGCUCCAAGGAGAACCACGCUGACCUGGGCAUCUUUGUCAAAUCCAUCAUAAACGGAGGAGCAGCCUGCAAGGACGGACGGCUACGAGUGAACGACCAGUUGAUUGCCGUCAACGGGGAGUCUCUAUUGGGCAAAACCAACCAGGACGCCAUGGAAACGCUACGCAAGUCGAUGUCAACGGAAGGCAACAAGCGCGGGAUGAUCCAACUCAUCGUGGCCAGACGAGUGGCCAAAAGAAAUGAGGAGACACCAGGGAGCCCGCUGGGACCUCAGCAGACUAUGAACACCUCUCUGGAUGAUCACGAGCGCCGAAUCUCCCACUCCCUGUAUGGUGGCCUGGAGGGCCUUGAUGACAAUUUGAUGCCACGACAAGGCAUGAUGCCACGCACAAUAGGAAACUACCAGCUCUCUCCGACCGUCAACAUGCCGCAGGACGACACAGUCAUCAUAGAGGAUGACCGGCCGCCGCUCCUACCGCCCCACCUCUCCGACCAGUCGUCGUCCAGCUCCCACGACGACGUUGGCUUCACCGCCGACAUGACGCCUCUGUGGGCCAAAGAGCUGCCCGUUCCGAACGACAGCUUCUCAAAGCUCAGCAUUUGCACAAGCUCCCUGAAUCCAGAUGAAUCACAUCCAGACACCGCUUUCCAGAGGGAAGGCUUCGGGCGCCAGAGCAUGUCAGAGAAACGCACCAAGCAGUUCGGGGACGCUGCCCAGCUCGAGAUCAUCAAGACACGCAAGUCCAAGAGCAUGGAUCUAGUAGCCGACGAGAUUAAUCUCACCCCUCGUCCCGAGACCAACACAGGUUCCUCAACAAAGGAUGUUGGACCAUCUCUAGGCUUAAAGAAGUCCAGCUCUCUGGAGAGCCUCCAGACGGCUGUUGCUGAGGUAACCCUCAACGGAGACCUUCCCUUCCACAGGCCCCGCCCUCGUAUCAUCAGGGGGCGGGGCUGCAACGAGAGCUUCAGAGCAGCCAUCGACAAAUCCUACGACCGACCGGCUGCCACGGAAGAGGACGAUGAGGGCAUGGAGACACUGGAGGAGGACACAGAGGAGAGUUCAAGAUCGGGGAGAGAUUCUGUGUCCACGGUGGCCGACCAGACGCCACUGUCCGGCACUGAGAAACCGCUGGUCAACGGCACCAACCGCACCAAAGAGGAGAAGAAGAAAGACAAAGACAAAGGAGGGAAGGAGAAGAAGAAGCAGCAAGAAGGUGGGAAGGAGAAAGACAAGGGAAAAGCCAAGAAGGGCAUGCUGAAAGGACUUGGGGACAUGUUCAGGUUUGGGAAGCACCGUAAGGACGAGCGGCCGGGUGAAAAAAUGGAUCGUAAAGGUUCCAGCAAGUGGAGGCCAGAGGAGACGCAGGUUUCAGAGGAAGAGACGAUGAAGAUGAGGAUGGAGCAGGAGAGGAUCCAGGCCAAGACCAGGGAGCUGAGGGAGCGCCAAGCCAGGGAACGGGACUAUGCCGAGAUCCUGGACAUAAGCCGCUCGCCGGAGAAGGCGUCCGAAGACGAGCACCCGUACGCCGGCAUCAACCCCCUGAACAGCUCCGUAGACAGCGGACACAGCCGGCCCCACAGCCCCCGCGACGAUUACCCGCACCUCCAUCCGCACCACCAGCACCAGCACUCCGAUUCCCUCUACACCCAAGUCAGCAAGGCCCGCAAUGACCGGCCUCCGUCUGCAGAUAGUAACCGGCUAGCCCCUAGCAACCACGACCGGAUACAGAGGCUGAGGCAGGAGUUCCAGCAGGCCCAGAACGUCCCGGACGACCCGGACGACCGCAGGAGGACCUACAGCUUUGAGCAGCCCUGGUCAAACGCCAGCAGCAACGGUCCGGGCGGGUACAGCCAGCCGGGUCGCCACUCGGUGUCGGUCGAGGUUCAGAUGCAAAGACAGAGACAGGAGGAGAGAGACUCGUUCGCCCAGGCGCAGCGGCAGUACAGCUCCCUGCCACGGCAACCCAGGAAGAACCCCAGCUCCAUCUCGCAAGACUCGUGGGAUAAGGCGUACCCACCUGGCGAGGGCUUCCAGACAGCAAAGGACAACCCCAGGUACUCCAGCUACCAGGGCUCCAGGAACGGCUACCCAGGCGGCGGCGGUGUCAACGCCAGGGUGCUUCUGGAGGCCCAGGAGCUCUUGAGGCAGGAGCAGAGGCGCCGUGAACAGGAAGCCAAAGGGAAGAUAAUGCAGGAGAGCACCGGUAACAGUAGCUACGACGGCUACUCCCCACCGCACCUGAAGGACCCGGCGUCCCCCAAGGGUCCAUACCGCCAAGAUGUGCCGCCUUCGCCUUCGCAGUUAGCGAGGCUUAACAGAUUAGGAUCAGAGAAAGGAAGACUUUUUUAUUCUUGAGGAGCACGUACGAACUGAUGGAUAAAGAUCUGAACAGAGGACUUUGGGUUCAGGAGCUUCAAGCUUACCUUGAAGAAACGGCAAAAGUGGACGCUAUAAAUCUUGACAAAGGACAACCUAGAGGUCUUAUAGCUUAGCGAUGAUCUUAGAGGUAAACAGUUGUGAAGUGUACUCAGUAUGUGGGUGUUUGUGUUCAAUCCCUCACUGUGCCGAUGACCUAUACAGUACCAGUAAAUCAGUCAGUCACUCACCCUCCUACAGAUAUGAGACGCUCAGUGCCUUCUCUGCAUUCACGAUGCUUGUUCACAGUCGUCCAGGACUCUGAUUCAUCGAGAUCUGGCACCAUCAUGUACUGACAAUCAAAUGGGCACACAGGCAAGUGAGUGGGUGUUCUUUUGAGCCCAUGGGGGGGAGGCGUAAGGUUCUUUGUGGGGGCGUGUGUGUGUGUGUGUGUGUGUGGGCAUGUGACAAGGUACAUGUUUCACGAUCGAGAGUGUGUGUCAUGGCUUUACAAAGUGUCCCGUGGAUGACUUAUCCCUCCGGUCACAAAUCAUCCUUUCUUCGCUUCACUAAGGUUUGACAUUCAACCCCGACCAACACUGCCAGUGUCUCUGCAUUCUGUUUGUCUUCUUCCAGUGUUUUCUCCUCAGCGAUUGAGCUCUCUCUCUCACUUGAGUUCUCCCCGGGGAGCAGAGAAAGCAAGGCAAAGUGUAUGAAAGAAGCAGGGCACAGCGUGUGUUAUUAAUAAAAAAAAAAAAAAAAGCCCCCCCCCCUUAUAAAUGAUUCAUAUUGUGUGUUAUCUCCGUGGAGGAGACCCAGGCAGAGAGGGUAGACAGCUCUGAUCUGCUGCCUGGCCCCCCUGCACCACUCUGGGUUUGCCUCGCUGGCCCGCCUGCCUGUCUGUCUGGAGCUCUGGCUCCCAUCCUCCUCUCGUUGUUCUCAUCGCCUCUCUGUUCAUUACCCUCCUUUCUUCUACCUCAGCACCUGCCCCCCCCCCCCCACCCUCAUCCUCCUCUGCUCUCCUCUCCUCGCUCAUCUCCCACCUUCCUCUCCUCUCAUCUCACCCCCUCUUCUACUCGCCCUCCUGCUACCCACAACCACCCUCCUCCUCUUCUUCCUCCUCCUCCUCCUCUUCCCCCCUCCCUGUCUCCCGAGUCAGGCUCUGCACUGAAUUUUUCAUCACAAGCCACCUGCUGCCUGCCAGAGCCAAAGAACGCUGCCACCAGAGGCACCGACAGAGGGCCCAGCUUCUGACAUAAAGAGAGGAAUAAAAGCAUAAAAAAAAGAGACCCAGAAUAAAGAUGGGUAGAGAGACAAUGAGCCUCCCAGUGUGCGAUUAGCUGGAGCUUUUCUCCCGUUUUUUUUACAAAAGGCAAAAUUGUCCACAGGAGUUAAUUGCUUUUAAUUGCUGUAAUUGCUUUUUGUAUUUCUACCUUUUAAAGCAUUUAGCUGUCACUCUUCCCCAGACUGGUUUGAAAAGAGGAAGCAGGUAGGGGUGCUAGCUUGCGUGAAAAACACAGCAGUUGGUGGAUGAAUUUAGAGCUGCUGGAUUUUAAAGGGUAUAGAGCCAAACAAAUUAGAAAAAAAAGCAACAUUUUCUUGCUUAUCUUUAGUGGUAAAUGUAGACAGUUUUGAUUUUAUUUGCCCGGGUUUUGAGAUUUCUAUUUCUGAGUUUUCUGUUGCCACCUUAAUACAGGGGAGGUGAAUGGAUUUUUGUUUGUGGUGUUCACCUCACAGAAGAGUUACAGCUGAAUAAAAUUUACUGAAAUCUUUCUUUGAACUGCUUUCUUCCAAAAAAAAAAAAAGCUCCCCAUAAAAACUGAGUGUUCUUGUGAGAUAGGCAGUGCUAAAAGCCUAGUGAUGUGGAGACUACUUGCAGGGCUAAUUGGUAAACCUUUAGAAGUAGCCAGCCAGAAGCAAGUUAACACUUGUCAAUCAUAAUCACGCAAGCUAGCUUGCUUUCUGCCAGUUAGCAAGCUCCUUAGCUCCAACAGGGCAAUAAGUUCAUACAGAAUUUGUACCAAUACUCCUGUCUCAUAACUUUCUAAAAAACAAAUGACAUUAAUUUUACUCCACUGUAUCAAAGGAAUAGCUCGACAUUUUGGGAAAUAUGUUUAUUUGCUUUCUGGUCUGGUGGUGAUACGAUUCCCAGUUAGCUUAGCUUAGCAUAAAGACAGGAAACAGGAGGAAAAGGCUAGCCUGGCUCAAAGGUAACAAAAUCCACCUAAAGUGCACUAAUAAGCUAAGCUAAAGGACUGCUGGAUGUAGCCUUAUAUUUAAUGGACAGACGUGAGUUCUCAUCUAACUCGAAUAAGGCAAAUAAACAACUUCACUAGAAGUCAGACUAUUACUUUAAGGCAGAAAUCUCAGAGGUAGAUGUCUCAAAUCCUGGACAAAUAUAUAUCUUUCUUUUUCUUGUAAUUUGGGAGAACAGACUCUUUAACCUGUGAAGUUCUGAUUAUGCGUCAUGCUUGCCCAGUGUUUUGUACCAUUAUGAACAGAGAAUGUUUAGAUUCUCAUUCCUGUCAAACGCUAUAUCAGCUUAUUGGUAAUCUUUUUAACCCAGAGAGGAGGAGAACCAACUGCUGUAGUUGUAGGUUGGAAGAAGACCUUGGGCGUGGGUGACACAGGCUUAAAAAUCACUGCCACAGCCCACCAGCCCACCACUAUAAUUGUUGCAGUAGGUGGUAAGCGAUCCCCCCUGACUGAACCUCUUUUUUUUUUUUUUUUCCUUUGACAUCACUAAUGUUUGUGACACGACUGUCUGCCUGCAAAGCGAACAAAUGAGACUGAGCCGAGGUUGAACUUUAAAACAAAAGGGAAAUAGAAAAAAAUAAAAAAUAGCCAUCAUCAAGCUGUGGAAAAUAAACAGGCUGUGCGUAAUUGCCCUUCACUCCUACACACGCUCCAUAUGCAGAGUGAAGCUGCAUGACAUACAUUAUCUCCUGUUGGUUAAUGAAGACCCUCGCUGGGAAAGACCAAGGCUUAGUCAGAGAAGAGUCAAAGUAAGAAGAUGAAGAAUAAAAACACGACUUUUCAAUGGCAUUAAAUAAGUAAAACCUGUAUUUUAUCACGAGGAAAGAUCACAACACUACUCUGCUUUAAGCUAAUUAAAUUUCCCCUUCUGCAUAACGUAUGUAUAUGGGUGCGAAAACACAAAUGCACAAUGGCGCUGAUACACGCUACAAUGGGCCAUUGUAAACUGUUACCAAAUUAGAAACAAACUGUGCAGGUGAGGGUGAAAAAUAUCUCCACUCUGAAUGGUUUUUCGUAAAAAAAAAAAAAAAAAAGUGUUUGGUUGUAGCGGCCAGCACUUCCUGCUGUGAACACUAGUGCGUGUCUAAAUGCAGACUAGCACGUUUAGAAGGAUGUAUUCAACCCAUGCUCCAAAUAUCAUGGAUUUUGCAUUUCCGCUGUCCAAGUUACGGGGUCUGAUAUCGAUAAGUGCCUGAGAUAAUAUCAUAAUAUUUUACACAAAGAGGGACACGAUGUGAUUUGUUUUUCAGUGACACUACAGCACACAGACUACAGUGUGUUUUUUAACAUUUUUAAUAUCAUAUUAAAAUGUGUCAUUUUUGGGGUACUCCUUCCUGAUUCUGUAUUUUUUUUUUUUUUUUUUUUUUUUUAUUACCACAAGAGCCAACACUUACGAGCGGUUAUCAGUGUAUUUGUAUCCCGUUUUGACAUUGCCUUCAACCAUGCUGUACCAUGAUGUGUUUUAAAGUAUAAAAAGAAAUGGAAGCUAAUGGAAGCUGAUGUGCAAUUGUUUUGUUUUGUUUUGUUUUUUUUUUCCAGAAAACUUUUACAUGAUAUAUUAAGAAAUGUAUUACAGCCACUUUUCCUGUACAUAUCAAAUUUAGAAUAAAACGGAAGGCUGUUCCAUCCUGUUUACAACCUC